UUGCGCGCUCCCGCUCUGCUGCGCUCUCUCUUCCUCCAUCAUCUGCGCACGGGCAGCAGGACAGACCGUCUGCAGGUAGUCUGGGGAUCGUCCGUCUGCCUCCACCUGCAGCCGCUUAUCGUCCCCAUCCCUCCCCCUCAUCCCCCUCCUCCCCAGCUGCGCCUCCUCCGCUGCGGACUCCAAGUUCAGGAUCUCCUCUCAGCCCCGUCCUCCGCUCCGGCGGGCAUGCUGGUCUCCCCGCGCUAGAUGCUGCAUCAUCAAUGGGCCGCGCAGGAAGCGAAGCCCCGCCAGCAGAAGACGCAGGAGGAUGGCUCCACCACGCUCGUCUGCGGCGCUGCCGCUGCUCCUGCUGGGCUUCGUCUCCUCCGUCAGAGCCGACACAGUGCUGUCAGCUCCGCUUAAUGUGACCAUCAGAGAGCUGGGGGUCAACUCUGCAGUGGUGACAUGGGAAAUCUUGGAGGGGGACCCGGUCAUUGGCUUUGCCAUCACCCAACAGAAAAAGGAUGUCCACAUGCUGAGGUUCAUCCAGGAGGUGAACACCACCACACGCUCCUGUGCACUGUGGGAUCUGGAUGAGGACACAGAGUAUAUUGUGCACGUUCAAAGCAUUAGUAUGGGUGGGAGCAGCCCCCCAAGUCAGCCCGUGCUCUUCAGGACGCCCAAAGAGUCAGAGAAGAUGGCGGCCAAAAGUCCAGACGAGGUGACAAUGGAGGAGGUCGGUCAGGCUGCCCAGCUGAGGGCUGGAGAGCUCAUCAUCAUUGUUGUGGUGCUCGUCAUGUGGGCAGGAGUGAUCGUCUUGUUCUGUCGUCAGUAUGACAUCAUCAAAGACAACGAGCCCAACAACAACAAGGACAAAGCCAAGAACUCUUCAGAGUGCAGUACUCCUGAGCAUCCACAGGGGGGACUACUGCGCAGCAACGUUUAAGACUGAACCUGCAUCGCCUACUGCAAUAAUCAACCUAAGACCUCAGGGCAGAGCCUGAGACCGACAGGAAGCCAUCCCCAGAAACAAGAGAAGAAGGCUCGCACCAGAAUUCUUCUUGACCCACCGGAGAACUGAAUGGAUUGUCAAAAAUCAGAGCUCCAAACAUUCAGACAGCUUUUUGUUGAGACCCAAAGUGGACCGAGGCCCGUUGAACGCCGCUGCAGAAGCUCAGCUGCUCUGCCCACUCCACAGCUGACUCCCAACCGUAAUGUGGAACUGCAGGGGUCGAUCUCCUAACAUAAAUGUCCCUUCUGGAUCAGAGAUUGCAAACUUUGGAAAGCUGUGGGGAUACGUUGGUCCGGGAUUCAGUUAGCAGACAACAAAACAAGCUGAGCAAACCCAGAACUUAGUUUGUGUUGGUCCGUCUGCACGCCUCCAUUUGUCUUUAUUCCACCCGUGCAGCAGCUCUUCCCCCCCGCGUCUAUGUUGUCUCUAAGCACAUGCAGUUCCUCUCUUUCCUUGUCAUGCGUUUCAUGAAGGUGUUCAGUUCUCAGCUCUCUGCCAUCCUGGAUGCUUUUGUUUGAAGCUGUGAACUUUGACCUGACUGAGGUAAGCGUGGCCUGCAGUUCCUGAUGCUGUGGGUCUUUUCUGUCUUCUUGGAGGAUUUGUGGGAAACUCAUUUUGAUUGGUCAGCUGCUCUACUGAAGGUUCACUCCAUGUUUUCUUCACGCAUGGAUGAUGCAAUCACUUCUCUGUUCUCAAAGCAGCAAUGGCUUUAUGCAUCUUUUCUUCUCAGUUGUUGCUGAAUUGCUCUUGGUUACAAGAGUGUGGGCUGCAUAGUGUGGUGCUCAGGACCGUGGCAUCACAGCCAGAGGGCUUUGGUUCUGCUGGUGCAUGUGUGGGUUUUCCCCAGCUUCCUCCCACAGUCCAAAACAUGCUUCAUAGGUUCAUUAAUUCAUCUAAAUAGUCCCAAGCUGUGACUAUGAGUGUGUGGGGUAUCUGUGUGGGCCUGUGAUGGACUGGAGAACUGUACCACACCUGUACCUGACAAUGGCUGGGAUAGUCCUGAUCAGGUUGCAACCCGUUAACCUGAGCAGGUCUAAGUUGGCUUUGGAAGUGGAUGGAUGGAUGCAGCCAGACGUCUCGCUUCUGAGGUCUGAGAGUUUUUGGUUGAAUUCCCUUUGUCUGCCGUGAGUAAGUGAGGUGUGGCUGCAGAAACGGAACUCACCUUACAAAGGUUUGGUGAACCUUUUUGGGGUCAUUGGGGUCAUUUUUUCACACAGGACCAGUAAAAAUUCUUUACUGUUAUUUAAAAGCUGGAUUUUAUGUUUAUCUGCUAUAUUUUUGUCCAAUAUUUACACUUGUUUAAUGAUCUGAAUUCUUUAGCUGAUAAACAAGGAAGAGAUGUGGUGAACCAGAGGAUGAAUGAAUGUCUUCAUUUUAAGAUGAAGAUGAGUUCAAGAGUGGAUGAUCUCCCACCUCCUCAGCUGCUGCAGCUCCUUUCAGAGGUUGGAUAUGAAGGAGCAGGGACUUGAUCAGAAAUGUUCAGCCUCAGAUAAGGCUGCAUUUGUUCUUCAGGCCUCCUGCUUAAUGAAGUGGUCUCAUCCUGACAACAACUCUCAGAAAAGUCGGACGGACGGAUGCUGUGCUCCACAGAGACACCAUGAGAAAAGACCCAACCAGCGCCUCAUUCGUCAGACAUGUACACGGCUGUGUGGGAGGCAGUGUGAGCCUGGAUGCAGCUCUAUUUUGACUUUUCACCAGCUUUGCCAACUCCUCCUCUUCAUCUUCCUCUUCUGUUGCUCUCCUGUAUCCUUGCUGUCUGCCACCGUGUCCUAAUGCUGUUUCUGUGCCGCUCCACUCCUCCUGCUUUCCCUCCUUCCACAGUCCUGUCCCAUCCUCCGCCCCCCCCCCCAGCUCCCCUGCUCCUCAUUACCUCCACCUCCCUCCUGGCUCUGCAUCAGCUCUUCACUCUGAUUCCACCUGGCCCUCUCUGCUCUGCUCAUUUAUCACUGCUGCGCCGCAGACUGGCGGAAAGAGCACUUUACUGCAUAACCAUCAGGGAAAAGCAGGUGGAGAAUGAAGGAUUUUAGUAUUUUAAAUGUGAACUCCACCUGAUGGAGGCUGAGCCAAAUCUAAAUAAAACCCAUCUUUCUAAUAGCAACACAGCAAAGGUUAAGAGGGAAUUUUUACUUGAAUCUAAAAAGUCAAAAGAACAGAAGUUAUGUGGGAUCGGUGCUUUUGUUUCAUUUAAGGAGUCGUCUUCUUCCAUUCAAACUGCUGUCUACAGUGUUUGUCCCUCUGCAGUGAUAAAAGCUGACCUGCAGAUUCUGAAGGACACAGCACUUCAUGAUAGAAGUGGAGCUGAAGAACAGGCAGACACUGGGGGGUGGAGGGGUCCAGGAAGGCUUGUGGGGUCAAACCAAGUGGUGCUGCUAUCCAUUCGGGGGGGCAGGACCACAAAAGGAUCCAGAGUUCUCUCUGCAAUCACUCUUUCUUUGUAUGUCCUGUUGUUGUUCUCCAGUCUAACAUUGUCUUUCUGUGCAAAUGACACGUGCACUGGAGCAGUACCUGUAGUGCAUGUGUAUUUGGAAUAUUUUUACAGCCAUUUGGUGAUUUUAUUGUCUAAAUUCCACAUCAACAUGGAAAACAGAAGCCUGCAAAUGUGGCUUCAGCUCAAAGUUUCUGCCAUGAGAACCGUGACAGACCACAAUCCCACCUUUGGGGUUACUGUCAGAGAUGGGUCAGCGUGUCAGCCAAACACAGCCCAGCGGGGAUGACGUCCUCCUUUCAUGAACGAUGGAGCCCACAGAGCUGCCCCCCCCCACACCUUUUCCUUUUUUUUACACUCAGGAUAAUGAGCCGAAUGGAAUUAAUUCUCAGUAUUUCAUUUUCUAUGUCUUAUAUGUGGGCUUAAAUUUGGAUUAAAGGGAACAAAAUGAACUUUACAGUGUUUCACAAGAAAGACAAAAAUUCAAAAAGGCAACAAAUUCAUCAAAAAAACAGUAAAAUAACCUGUCAGUCUAGUCAGGUGUCUUUAUGUUGUAGGACUCAAAUGUUAGCAGAAAGAAAGUAUGAUUACUUUGAGUUAGGAGCAGGAAAAGGUGAGUUCUUACAGAAAACCUUUGUUUAACUGUGUGGCUGCUCACUGGCAUCUUUGGCUAAAUUAGCAGCAAAUGUUUAUUAAAUCCGUUUUAGAUGAUUUUCUGACGGAACAGAACCCAAGUAUGGCUGUUCUCUGCAGCAUCCUCCCAGAAGAUCUGUCUUGAUGUGUGAUAGAGCACAUCUGCUCUCCUGGUCAGACUUGUGUCAGUCCAGCACUCACACUGACCCAAACCAUCAGAGCCAGACGGUUGUACACAUGACAACCUGUAGGUGGCAGAAUGAAAGAAAAAAGCAUUGACAGCCUGUAUCUUCAUUUUUCACCAAGAUCUGUUUUUAGAGUCCAAUGUUUUUGCGACUUAGUUCUUGUUUUGGUGUCCCAGUGAGAAGUUGUUACACCGAUGUUUAUGCUACCGAGCACAGCUUUGGAGAAUGGAGCAGCAACAGGUUUACUGAUCACAGCAGAGCCGUACUAUGACACAUUUUGGAAGCAGCAAAAGGCUGGACUGUGUGCAGACAGUUGAGUCUGUGUCCAUCUGAGGCAGUGCUGCUCAAGGCGAACCUCCAGUGAGGCGCGAGCGAGCGAGCAGCCGACAGAAGAGGAGAGCUGGGACGACCAUGACGACAGACAGAACCCAACAGAAGGAACGACGAAGUGUGGGAAGCACAAAUGAAUGCAAAUUUACUUAGAGGUGUACAUGUUCCCGGAUGUUGCCGGAGAAGCAGGAUUUUAUUCAAAAAUGUCAUUUGCAUCACUUUAAGUCUGAUGAGGUUUACUGGUAGUCAAAGUAUCUGUGAUUCCUCAUCAUUCCAGUCUUUGCAGUGUGUCCAUCUUUACAUCCUUUAUAUGGGAUGUUUGUCUGUUAUAAUGGAUGCAGGCAUGUUAUUAAAUUCCACCGUUGUCCCUGUCUCAUUGUAACUCUUUAAUAAAUACUUCAGUGGAAUCCUAAACCAAACUCUAGCUGACAGUUCCUGUGUGGACCAGGUCCCUCUGGGAUGGCUGUAGACCACUGAUGGAGCCAAGACUCAAUACUUUCUCCACAAUGACCUACGUAGAUUAAAACUGAAUGUUUACUUGUGUCAUAUGUUUGUACAUCAUCUUAUAAUGAAGAAUCAUGGACUUACAGCAGAUUUUGUGAGUCGGUGUUUUCUGUACGACCAUGUUGUUGUCAUGGUUUAACCAGUUCAUGAGGGCUAGCAUGACUCUGCUUAUGACCACACCCAUAGUACUUAUAUAAAAAUAUACUAUUUCUAAAAAGGUAUAAAUUGGUACUUUAUUGAUCCCACAAUGGGGAAAUUCUUCUCCGCAUUUGACCCAUCCCCUAGGGGAGCGGUGAGCUGCAGCCUAACCGCACUCGGGAGGCAGUAGUGCUAAGGGCCUUGCCUAAGGGCCCUCACUGGGUGAUGUUCAUUCAUUGAUAUGGUAAUUGACUCAGUGCCAUUGUUUAUUCCCCUCGGGGAAUCGAACCCUGGACUCCUGCGUGGUAGCCGCUCACCUUACCAACCGAGCUACCCAAAUGUCUAAUUAUGUAUUACCACAAAAUAAAUGAAAUAUUUUCAAUGCA